CGAUGAGAUCAUGGAGGCUGCGCUGAGGUCGGACGGGAUACGGCCGACGGGACUGAGCGGUGAUGGAGAGCUGCCUGUCCGAAUCCAUGAUGACCUGCAAUGUAACUGAAAGUCCAAGACAUCUUGGAGCAUCACUGCCAACAACCUCAUAUUUUCUUCACAAAAGACUAAAUAAACCUGGAUGUCUGCACAGUCAGAUAUGGAUAAGUGAAUAGUGGCCUUUAUUACUCCCAUUGCUUAUUCUUAUUCCACAAAUGGAUAUCCCAGUUUUCCUGCCUGUGACUAUUUGCUUGCAGAUGUUAUAUUUUGCCAUACAGCCAUGCCUUUAAACAUAAGAGCCAAGCCCUCGCACAGCAAGCUGACUGCUGCUGCAAAGAGUGGUGGGCAAAAUGAUGGCUCAUCUCAUUCACGCUUCUCGAGGUCUACAAAACUGGGGAAAGGUAAACAGGCCGUCAGCUCAGGUCCUGGGUCCCGAUCAGGACUUGAGCCUGGCUCUGUGUCAGGGGGCGGGCCUCCACCAGCACCGAAACCGACAGGCGCACAAGGUUCAGUUUCAAAGCUUGGUUCAAGACUCAAAGUCAACACAUCAACAGCAGAUAAAGGAUCAGCUCGUGGGUCAACAACAGCUCCAGGUGGCAAAACCAUGUCCAUGGAGAACAUCCAGUCUUUAAGUGCGGCCUAUGCCACUUCUGGCACCAUGUAUCCCAAUGAGCGGGAGUCCUUGGGUCCCUCUGGUGGAUACCCUAAAAGUACCAUGACAUUAGGGCGGAGUACCAGUCGCUCAUCUUAUACUGGCCGCAGUACAGCAAUUGGAAGCACCCCAAACAUCACAGCCUCUGGAAUGCAUCACAUAUCAGACUCUUGUGGAGAACAAACUGUGUUUUCCACAGGAACUUCCAGUUUGCGACGGCAGUCUGGAAGAUGCACACAAACACUGGAUUCGGAUGAUCGGGGAGAGGUUUCCACCUGUGAUCUCCAGGCUCAGCUGAGGGAUCUGCAGAAAGAGAAUGAAAGUCUCCGGAGGGAACUGGAUGGAGGGAGGGAUGGAAAGACAGGCUAUGGCAUGAAUAGUGUUAAUUUCUGGAGUCCUGACGUAAAGAGAGACAAGGGGAGUAGGCGUGAAGAGGGCGUGAGGACGGCAGCUCUAAAGGAACAGUGCAGAGUGAAUCAAGAAGAUUUACAGCUGGGGGAUAUAAGAAGAAACAAGCAACUUCCUUUGACAGUUCAAGAGCUACAGGAGGAACUGAGAGCUCACAGAGAGACAAACAGUCGCCUGCGGCAACAGCGGCAACAGAGCAGCUCCUACCAAGAACACCAUAUGGACCAGGAGUUCAGAGGGGGGCUCAGUCCUGGCCACAGUCCCAGACAAAGUUCCAUAAACCUGCACAGUCCCGCACCAAAGAACAGCCCGAAAGCCAGUCCAUCGAACACCUACAAUCCAAGGCAACAAGAGGCUGACAUCAUCAUUCACAGCCCUGGCUAUGGGUGUAAUACAUUGGCAGCCAUGCAGAGACUUAGCCCAGCCAACACCCUUCAGCCUGGACAAAGGAGCAGUCCAAGCCAGCCCCUCUACAGUCCUAGUCAGGGAGCAUUGCCCAGCUCUAGCCCCCGUCAUCCAUGUAGCCCCUGUCAGGUGCCUGGGUGCGACGGUUUUUCUUCACCUCCUCCUCAGGAUUCAACAGAGGAAAACUUCUUCCGACUGCAGUCAGAACACGAGCGCCAAGCCAAUGAGUUGUCCCUGCUGAGGAAGACUAUGGAAGAGAUGGGGAUGAGAAUUGAUUCCCAGAAGCAGACGCUGGGUGCACGAGACGAGAGCAUCCAGAGGCUGCUGGAGAUGCUUCAGGGUCAGGGACAGUGGGGACGAGGACAGCGGACAGGCAUAAUUACCAUGGCAGCCCAGGAAGCUGAUGCCCACUUGGAGAACAUGCAUUUGAGAGAGGACACCAAGAUCUCUUCCCUGGAGAGAAACAUCAGAGACUUAGAGGAUGAGGUCCAGAUGCUAAAAACCACCGGCCUGUUGCACCCUGAUGAAAGGCAGGAUGAACUCAAGCAGGUGGAAGUCUACAAGAGCCACUCUAAAUUUAUGAAAAAUAAGGAGCAGACAUUGUCACCAUGUGUGUCUUCCAUCAGACCAGCUCCUACCUUCCUCAUGCCCACUCAACUGCCUUGGAUCACAGAACAAGAAGAAAUAGAGCAGCUGAAGCAGGAGCUGAAUAGGAAGGAGUCAGAGAUGCAGGCCCUGCAAACCAAACUAGAAACACUGACCAAUCAGAACUCGGACUACAAGCAACACAUCGAGGUGCUAAAAGAGUCGCUCAGUGCCAAGGAGCAGCGCGCCAACACACUGCAGACAGAGGUGGACGCUCUGCGAGUGCGCCUGGAGGAGAAGGAACAGAUUCUGACUAAGAAAACCAAACAACUGCAAGACUUGAGUGAUGAAAAGAGCACACUGGCUGGAGAAAUCAGAGAUAUGAAGGACAUGCUGGAUGUCAAGGAGAGAAAAGUGAAUAUCCUACAGAAGAAGAUUGAGAACCUAUUGGAGCAGUUAAAAGAUAAGGACAAACAGCUGGUUGGAUUGAGAGAAAGGGUUCAGGGGCUUCAGACUGACUCCAGUAACACAGACACAGCUCUGGCUACUCUGGAAGAAGCUUUAUCAGAAAAGGAGCGAGUGAUUGAGAACCUCCGAGACCAAAAGGAACGAGAAGACAGGGCGAGGCUCGAAGAGAUGGAUCAGAUGAGGAGAGAGAACCAGGAACUGAAGGAAAAACUGGCUGUUCUGCAAACCCCAAAGCUGUCUCAGAGCCAGGUCACUAACUCCAUCUUAAUCCAGAACCAGAGGCCUGAUGGGGAGGUUGAACCCAAAGUAGAUGGUUUUUCAGCAGCCAACCCCACGACCCCAAAACCAGAGGAAACUGUCAGAAUCUGUCCAGACAUCGCAGAUCGUCUCAGGCUUCUCGAGCAGGAAGUGGCCCGCUACAGAGAGGAGUCUGGGAGGUCCCAGGCUGAGGUGGAGAGGUUAAAGGGAGCGCUUAAGGACGCCGAAGUGGACAAAUCGUGCAAGGAGAAGAAAAUUACUGAUCUUGAGAGGCAAAUCAAGUCUCCAAAUAUCCAGAAGCAGAUUGUGCCUGGCGAGAUGAGGAAAGAUGCCUUGGCAGAUGGACAUCCACACUCUUUAUCACAGUUGGAGGAGCUGAUGGGAGCUUUAGAGAAGACUCGCCAGGAGCUAGAUGCCACUAAAGUACGUCUGUCCUCCACUCAGAAGUGCCUACAUGAACGAGAUGGACACCUCAACCAUCUGCGGCAGGAGAGACGCAAACAGCUGGAGGAGAUUCUGGAGAUGAAGCAGCAGGCGUUGCUGGCAGCCAUCAGUGAGAAGGAUGCUAAUAUUGCCCUUCUGGAAUUAUCUUCUUCCAAACGCAAGAAAGCCCAGGAGGAAGUGAUGGCUUUGAAAAGGGAGAAGGACAGACUCAUGCACCAACUCAAACAGCAGACCCAAAGCAGAAUGAAGUUAAUAGCAGACAAUUAUGAGGAAGACUACAUCCACCCCCAACAUCACCCUCAUCAUUUGCACCACAUGCAUACAACAAAUUUGCAUCACCGGAGUCUGCCAAGAGGGGACCCACAUGCCAACCACCGACCUCCUAUGGAUCAGGAUGACGAAGAGGGUAUAUGGGCUUGAUGAGUACUAUCCAUAAGAACCUGCAUCUCUUUGGUGUCUAUGCAUUUGGAAUCACAAGAUUGAUUAGCUUCAGUUCCCAGGACCAGACGAUUUGUCUUUGUUUUCGGACCCCAUUAAUAAAGCACAAAAGUUCAUCAGAUUGGGCUUUUAAAUCUGAUGAUUAUAAAUAUAAAUAUUAUAAAUAUCUACGUCACUGAUACAGGUCACAUUCGUGGACAAAUGCAGUGUUUUGCUGGGGACCCAAGCUCCUUGUGGAUGAAUCUCAUACCACAGCUCAAUAUUGGCAAGUUUGCUCCUGCCUUCAAUUUGUGGGCUGUUUUCAAUAGAUGGAAGCUGGAUUCAUUUUGCAGUGCUGUGGUGGAACAGAGGCCUGACUUCAUGGUAACGAAGAGUCACAACAGUGUUGACGACUGCAAGCAAACUGAAGCCGAGCCAGAUACACAAGCCCCAAAUCCAUACCUGUUCAGGUUUAUGUUUCCAGGCUUGUGUUUACUUCUGGAGCUAAAUAUCAGACUUUUGUAAAUAUGACAACAUGGACCUCAAAAUCAACAACCCGCUAAGACCUCCUCAAUGUAUGGUGCCAAAGGAAUUGCCGCAGUCCACUGGGAUAAAUAAAAAAUGAUGAAACACCAACUGAUUCAACUCCUAUUCAAGACUUUCCAACACUGCCCAAUUUACUUAACAAUCUUAGUGUCUUGCAAAAGUAGUGCCCCUUUGGAACGUAAAACACUUCAGUCAUGUUACAACCAAAAACUUAAAUGUAUAUUUUGGGGAAUUUUAUGGACCAAUAAACAUUUUUUUUUCUUUUGCUAUAAUCACA